GGGCAAUGCAGUGGCAAGGUGCAUUCAUGGUUGUCGAUCCACUCACGCUGAGCGCUAUCGUGCACGCCCAGCGAGAAGACAGUCGGGAAUUAGCGUCGGGCGACGAGGGAAAGCAGCGUGAGGGCACUGUCACCGACUCUCAAGUGGCCAUGCAGAUGUACCGGGAAGAUUUAUGAAGCUUUGCAGCAAUUGCUCGAGACAACAGAACAGCAGCAGUGGCAGAGGUGCCCUACGUGCAAAGCUAUCGUGGAGCUCAACACAGGCUGCAAUCACAUCACAUGUCGAUGCGGUGCAAACUUCUGCUACGUGUGUGCAGCACCCUGGCGGACAUGUGGCUGCCCGCGAUGGGAAGAGCGACGCCUGCUAGAGCGCACAACCGAGAUCGUGGACCGCAACCCGAAUCGUCGCCUCUUCAGACCACCUCGCAUCGAACACGAUCAGCCUGAAGCUCGACACCGAUCACCAUCCAGAUCGGUCAUAGCCCCCAUGGCAGCUCCCACAACUCGACCCCGAGAACCCAGUCCGGCAUCAAAACGGGAAUCCGAUUUCUCAGACCACUCAGAGCGGCAGCACAAUCGUUGGCAAGAUGGCAAUCCCACCCCAAAUGCGCCGCCAACUUUACACACACUCUCAGCCACGCCCUUUUAUGUUGUAGCACGCAACGAGCGAAUCGCUAACGCAAUUGAAUUUUUACGAGAAAACCACGCGUGUACCCAUGACAAGUGGCGAUGGGUAAGAGGUCCACAUCAGUGCGAGGAAUGUCGACAUGUGUUGAGACAGUAUAUUUUCGAAUGUCGACAUUGUUAUCUUCAGGCUUGUAAUCGGUGUCGGAGGAAUCGGCUUUGAAGAUGGAGGAGGAGGAGGAGGGGAUUCGAGCUGGUAGAUAGAUAGAGUGAAAGUAUAUGGAUGAGCAGACGGACAGAUGAUGGGUGAUUAUCAGGAAUUUUGGAGCAGAAUAUAGGAUACUGUCUGUCUAUACUUCUAUGCACGCACAUUCUACUUCGUGAGAAGGGACGUAAUU